ACAGAGCAUGAGAGAGAUUUAGUUAUACUUCAGUGUUUUAAGACAAGGAUGACUGGCGGAAAGUGGCAGGACAGGGUGAAGUCUGUGGAACAGAGGGCAUCAUCUUUUCAGUCUUCUCCUCUGUCCUGUCCAUACAAACCACGUCUCUCCCAGCCAUGGCAGCCGUCCUCUAUCUGGAGACUCUUCCCACGCCAGAAUGCAGCUAUUGGCUUUGCUCAGCACAUUAAACAGGAUGUGCACAUAUUUUCACUGGAGAAGGAAGGCAGUGAUGCUGGACAGAGGAUUUUCCUAGUGAGCUACAGUGAACUAUGGCAUUAUUACAGCACUCACAGACAGUCUCUGAUGCACUGCUAUGAAGUGAUUCUGGAAGGGGCUGUCUGCAAACUCUACUUUGACUUAGAGUUUCAUAAAGCCUCCAACACACAUUUGGAUGGAAAGAUGAUGGUUGCCAAACUAAUUCAGUACGUAUGUGAGAAGCUAGAGGAGGUGUAUGGUCUCCAUUGCUCUGCAAAAGAUGUCCUUGAUCUAGACUCCAGCACCUCUGACAAGUUUAGUCGUCAUCUUAUCUUCAUGCUUCCCAAUGCUGCAUUUAAAGACAACUCCCAUGUGGGGCGGUUUAUUCAUGAAAUCCUUCAUCCUGCCACGAACAACCUUCAUAAAGAUAAUGAUUUGAUUUGGUUGGUUUAAAGCAGUCCAGAGGCACUAAGAAAGAAUAUGGAUGAUGUGGAGGGUUCUCAGGCCAAGAGAAGAAAGACUGAUAAGAAGGAUCUUGGCUUUCUAACAGUGAAUAAUGAAAAAGGACAAGAACAACUUUUUGUUGAUUUGGGGUGUUACACAAAGAACAGAAACUUCCGUCUCUACAAAUCCUCCACUGGGAAGAAUGCAGCCUUCAUUGUGGCAGAGGACACAAGUUGUCCCGAAACCGUCCAGCAAAUCACAAAAGAGAGCGCAUAUUUUAGCUUCUUAAUCACCAACGUCAGUUUUACAGGACAGAGGAUAUUGACGUAUGAUAUGCCACAGAAGAGCACAGCCGGAUCUGAAUGUCCAACCCUGCAGAGAGAGUCACACAGCUCUGAUCUGUUGGGUGACCAGAAGACAUCCCCUUUUAAAGAAGUGGAUGAAUUUGUGCUCACACUUGUGCACAAGGAUGGCAUUCAAGGAAGCAUCCGGCGAUGGAACUACUUUGCAUGUGAACAGUUGCUGGUUUAUGACAUUGAGAAGUUCCGUUGGUGCCAUAAUGUGAAGCGUUUCCACAAGAGCAACAACAUCAUAAUUGUGGUGGAUCUUAAAGAGGAAGUGUGGUAUCAGAGGUGCCAUGACCCUGAGUGCAGAAGACAGAAUUACAGAUCCUCUAGCUUCCCUCUGCCUCAGGAGGUCUGCAUGAGCCACUUACUGAUGGAGGAUGAAGAGGAUCAGGCUUAUUUAACAGACGAGCUGGGGAACAUUGAGCUCGCAGUGACUGCUCCAGCAGAGUCCACCUCAACUGCCCCGUCUGAGGACACUGAGGGUUGGGGAGAAUGGCCUGAUGACCCUGCUUAUCUGAGAGCUCUGGAGGAAGUAGAAGAAGAGCAGGACGAGGAGGAGGUACCUGAUGAGCUUCUGCUGCAGGCAGUCAAUGAGUGUGAAUGAUGACAGUUUAACCUGAAAGUCCAACAUUAGCUUAGUGCAGUACCUGAAGUUCAUGUGUGCAUUGAUCUGUAAAAUACAAUAUACAUGUGUUUAAAUGUAUGUUAAACACCACGUUGUGUUUAAUUGUUCAAAGCUUAUUUAUUUCCAUUAAUUAUCUGGCUUAGGAUUUUGCAAGUGAUUUUGCCAUUAAGAUGUUGCCAAAGUUAUAAUCUGCAAGAAGUUCAUUUCGCAUAUUCAGCAGUUUUCAGAUUGACUUUUGAGAAAAGUUAAAAAACUGUUAAUGUGAGAUGGAAAUUGUUAAACAUUUAACAAAAUGCUUUAACACUGGUACAACAAUACAUGAUAAUUGUGUUACAUUUCAUUCAUUUUAAACAUUUUAUGAAAUAUAUUGUCAUUAGCAUUCAGUGAAACGUUGAUGCGUUUAUUCGUAGUGUCCUCAUGCCUCCACAAGAGGGCAUCAAAGGUGUGUUUCUCAACAGGCCUUCAGAUACUGCGCUUUGCUAUAUCACCAGCUGAGUCUUCUUUCCAUUCAAGCAAGCAGGGAGGUUUUUUGUUCGCUAUAAAGCUGCUUUGUAACCGUUUAACUGAAUCAAAACGAAAUAGGGUGGAAGUGUUGUACAAAUCCGAUUUUUCAAAAAAAAAUUCUGAUACAAUUCUGCAAUUGAGGCUGUCCAAAUGACUGGUUACAAAAAUACACUGUCAAACUGAAAAA